AUGUACAACAGGGAUCAGGGGUCUAAACAGUCAUGUCAGAAAAACCAGGCCCAGCGGUCUAAAAAGUCAUGUCAGAAACAACAGGCCCAGGGGUCUAAACAGUCAUGUCAGAAACAACAGGCCCAGGGGUCUAAACAGUCAUGUCAGAAACACCAGGCCCAGGGGUCUAAACAGUCAUGUCAGAAACAACAGGCCCAUGGGUCUAAAAAGCCAUGUCAGAAACACCAGGCCCAGGGGUCUAAACAGUCAUGUCAGAGACACCAGGCCCAGGGGUCUAAACAGUCAUGUCAGAAACCACAGGCCCAGGGGUCUAAACAGUCAUGUCAGAAACAUCAGGCCCAGGGGUCUAAACAGUCAUUUCAGAAACACCAGGUGCAGGGGUCUAAACAGUCAUGUCAGAAACACCAGGUGCAGGGGUCUAAACAGUCAUGUCAGAAACACCAGGCCCAGGGGUCUAAACAGUCUUGUCAGAAACACCAGGCCCAGGGGUCUAAACAGCCAUGUCAGAAACACCAGGUCCAGGGGUCUUAA